AUGCCAUGUAAGCGGCUUCACCACCGCGGGGAGAAAACGGUGCAUGUGCGGAGCGCGGGCUACGAGAAGAAGAGGAUGAAUGUCAUGCUCGGCAUCACUGCAGACGGUCGCAAGCUCCCCGCGAUGAUCACCUCCCGAAGGUCCGUGUACGUGCAGGUGAGGUUAUCCAUUCCAACCGCUGAGGACACGGAGGCUGCUGUGGCGAUGGAUCACGAGGGUUGCGGGGGCCUGCCGCCAGAGGAGGCCAAAGAGGAGGAGGAGGAGGAGGAGGAGGAGGAGGAGGAGGAGGAGGAGGAGGAGGAGGAGGAGGAGGAGGAGGACGAGGAGCAGGAAAGAGUCGUAAAGAGUGCUCAAUGA